UUGCACUGGUAGAAUUAUUUGUGCCGUGGUGCAUAAACUAGUUCUGAUCGAAGGCGUUCACGGUAGCGAAAACACUGCAACACAUUGCUUGACCUUACGGUGUCGCAUUUUUCAAGCAAACGCGUAGAUAUAUGUUUACGGGUCGGCUUGCCGGGCUCUUGCUGUGGUCGAACAGCUUGUUUGGAUAUAACAUUUUUUGACAUUAAAAUCAGACACCGAAAUGAGAGGUGAAAAGCGAAAACUAAAAUUGCCAAUCAAUACAUUCGCCGCGUGACUCGAACCAUGUAGGACAACCAGGACCGCUACAAUUCUAAACGUUCCGAUCGUGCGUGAGAUAACAGUGCCCCAUGACGCCACCUUUAUGUUCUGCACGUCGCAUGGCACAUCGCAAUACUAAAUAAAGAAUUAAAAAAAAAAAAGCCCGUAGAACUUCGUCAUGGCUUCUUCGCACAACGGCAUAUCGUAGCAAAACCAGAACCAUACGCACCGGAAGUGUGCAGGCAACCUGGCGAAAUCGACCGAUCAAAGCGCCGGCGGAAAUUACACGCGUAAGCGGACACAUCCGCCUGGCGAUGGGUUCAAGACCCUUCAAGCUAAUCUGCAUUAUCUUGCAGUUGUAGAAAGUUGUAGCGAACACUUGUGGCGUCUCGGGCCAGCCCGUCGUGGUCGCCGAUUCCGCGUGGUACACGUGUCCACGAAAAAAAAAAAAGUACUAUUGGUAACACGUGGGCGCUCGAGGCCCCCUCCAUGACUACUUCGGCUGGCGCCCAUCGCGCAGGUAAGCACGCACUGGAACGAAUGCUACGCAGCGCCUUAUCUUCUGCGUGCUCGGUAUCGCCUGCCGCCGUGCCUAACACGUUGCAGUCCGUGCAGAUCUCUCGCAGUCGAGAUAUGUCCGCUUUCGGCCGCUGGCGAUACCGUUUAUGUUGGCCCCGGCGAGUAAAAAAAGGAUAUUUGGCUCGGCAGAAACCACAACAGGCGAACGAACGGCCACUUGUUGCGUUCAGGCUUACGUCUCUGAUGCGUGGUGGGCCGCGCAAAUUCAAAUUGGUUCCUCUUUUGUAACGCGAGCCGUAUGUUGCGAGGCGGCUUGCUCACGACUUCAGGCCAGUAUAAGAGAGCGUUUGCUGUUGAUCGACGUUUCUCUGCGCCGAUCGGCACAAAUCGCGUUUCGGCCUUCCUUUACGUAACCCACUAGCGUACGCCGUUUUGUUUUCAACGUCGUUCGUGACGUUCCGUGUCUUUUUUUUUUUUUUCAUUUAAGCUAAUAAAACGUGUCCUGCCUGGCCGAACUAAAUUUUGCGACAAGUUGUUCGCCUGAAAUUUCUCUCGAACCGUGAAUAUGCGAUGCCAGUGUAUGUUAUUCAAGUUCCCUUGCGUCGUUACUCGGCACAUUAAAGUGUGCUACAGACACCUUGGCCAACCAUGCUCAACGGAAGCAGCAAGUCACGUGAGACGCUCAAGGAGUUUCUCCGGAAGCGGGUCGAGUCGCACCCGGGCAUCUCCAUCCAGAAGCUGACCGGCCACCUGUCGCAGCUUCCCGCCGACAUCCGCAUGAAGUACGGUGGCAAUGUUGAUUCCAUUCGCAGGGUGCUCGAACAGUUCCCCGAGAUCUUCAUAAUCCGCAACCACGAUCAGGUGCAUGUCUCGACUUCGAAGGCCUCCAGCAAACAGGCUGGAACGUCGUCGUCUGCCGGGGGUAGUGACGAUGAAACCACCACAUUAACUAGCGCGAAAGGAAAAGUGUAUCGGCUGUUCAAGACUUACGGGUUCAUUUCUGUGCAGCAUCCAAUUAGCACAAGCGUCUACUUCAGCCUGCGCUCAUUUGAAAACGGACAGCACUCGAGUCUACUUUCGUCUGGACUUCAGCUUGGUGAUGGUGUUGUUGUUGAUGCGGAGGUGGGUCCCAAUGACUGUGAGGCCAAGUUUCGCGCUAGCCGAGUGUCGCGUAUUAAGGGUGGAAGCGCAGCUUCGCCGUCUGAUUCGUCAUCACCAGCACCACAGACUACAGUGUUUACACCGCUUGUGAACAGAAUUGGUGCCAUAGAGACCCUAAAAGAUGAGUUUGGUUUUAUCAAAUUGGAAAAGGAACAGGAAUGUGCAUUUUUUCACGCAGCCGAAAUAGAAAGGUAUCUAGGGACAGCUGUGCCUGCGCUGCCAGAAGUGCUGGCAGUUGGGGACAAGAUUCGUUUCGAUGCCGACCUCAACAAAAACACAACUGCGAGGGCCAAGUGGGUGGUGACUACCAUACACAACAUACAAAAUGUGCCUCCAUGCAAUUCUGGAAGUGAGACUGAAGGCAGUGAAAUCGCUCCAGGCACCAUCAUCAAGCGAGAUGGACUGAUACAAAUGGUUAAACCUGAGUUUGGCUUCAUCAAGUUUGGUACUAACUACCGUGACCGUGCCUUCUUUCACCUCAACAAUGUAGUGAUGCCUCCACGUGACACCAUCAAGAGCCUGCCCGAUGUGUUUGCCAUCAAUGACCGAGUGCACUUUGAAGCCAAGCCGAGCCAGAAGCCUUCUGAGAAGGUCAAGUGGCAGGCAACGACAGUUUGGCUUAGUGAGUUUGGGUCUAAAGGCGAUGGCCUUGAUUCCGCCGAUGAAAGCGGUAAUGAGGUCUUCCUCUCGGAUGAUGAGUCGGACAUCAUGGAGCUGAUACAGGAGCGACUGGCUGCUGACACUGACAGUGAGACGGAGGAUGACAUUCUAGGUGCCGGCUCGAAGCUGCCUUGUGCCUCUUCGCACACAAUAGUUGAUGGACUGAAGCAGUACUUGCAGGGUCCUGUUAGCCCUGAUCUGUUGCCAAUAUCAAAGGACCCCAAACAUUUGUUCAACGACUUUCACAAGGAUGACGGCUUUAGCCAGGUGCCCCAGGCAGUUGAGCCAUCCAUUGUCAUCUUCCGUGGUGCCACUGGUUUUGUGACAAACGUCACAGACUAUAGUGCUACUGUAGAGGUCCACGACCAAGCAUGUUCCGUGGAGUCGAUGAAGGUGGAUUUCCUCAGUAGUGUUUUUUAUCGUGAUGGGGCGCUGUGUACAAAGGGACUAUGUCAAGUGCUUGGCAAAGGAGAUGCAGUGGCGCUGGACUUCAUGGUGGGGAGCAACGGACCGCAUGAGGAGGUGCGGUGUGACCUGGUGUGGCAAGGGUUGCGGCCUGAGGGUGUCAUUCAAAUGAGUGCGGAGGAGUUCUGCCGUCGGCUUAAAAUCAAGGUCCCCCCUGUGCGUCACCGAGGGUCCUUGUAUGAGGACUUUCAGCGGGAAAUGCAGGAGGCAGGCCACCGCAUGUCUGCGCACCCAAGUGUGUCGGACAUCAACUCACACCGGCGAAGAAACAACCACAGUCCACCAUCUUUUGCACCGACGUCCAGCGAAGCAUCGCCAUCAUCACCAUCGGGGAGCAUUCAUGGGGACCAUGCUAUGCCUAAUGGCAUUUGUGGAAAGUGUGCUUCGUCGUGUUGCCAGGAUCAUGGCACAAGAACUUCAUGCGCUGCAGCAACAAGACCGGUUGGCGAAGGGUGCGGUUCGGGACGUGAGCACGCAGACUACAGAACGCGGUGUUCGUCCACUUCCGUGAGAAGACUCCCAACACCAGGAGGACACUUCAAAUCAAGAUGGCACCGGUGCUCUCCCGCGUGCUUGACGAGCAUUGGCAUUACCGUCGUCACAUCGUGCCUUGAAAAGUGGGAAAAGGAUUUUGUGUAGUUGCCAUGGUUAGUUGUGCCUUGGGGGAAUUUUCGGUGUGACGUUGCAACAGGAGGAACCUGGUUCCAUCGGCCUGCUUCCUUUUCUUUUUCUUUUCUUUCAUUCCUGGUGCAAUUAUCCCGGUCAUGCCACAUUUUGCUCACUAACAGUUCUACGAGAACUAGUACUCUGUCUCUGAUGACUUAUUGUGUUUGCAAGAUUGGCUGCCUUCAUUGUUGGAGUUGCAAGCCGCAACUUUUCAUGGAACCACUGACACUAAUCUGUGUGUUCCACGUGAAGUAGCAUGGUUUGAUGUGUGUGUGUGCGUGUUGUUUUCGAGGGUGUAUGGAGGAGGGGUAGGGUGGGGCAGUUUUCAGGAUAGGCAACCCUCGCUGUUGAAGUUGUGUUUGAGCAGUGAAUUGAACCAUCAAAGCGUUUCCUGUUCUGUAGUUCUCUGCUCUGUACUAAUAAGCAUGUAUUACUCAAUAAUCACCGUCAGGGUAAUAGCAAAUGAAUUGUUCAUAAAAUGAGUAAGUUUAAUUGCAGUGUUUUUGGCUGCUGUGUCAAAGGAGAUGAGGAUGUAUUGUUCGCAUGAUUGGCUAGAAUUGCAAAUGAAACUGAACAUAAGCUGUUGGUAUAAGGCGCUAAAUUAUGGCAAGCACAAUGCACACGAAGUUGGGCAGAUAAGCACAACUUGUGACCCUAACUGCGAUUUUUAAAAAAUCUCUUGUGAAGAAAGUGAAAUUAGCACACUUCGUAGAGGGUAUGAGGUCAUGUCGGGCCCUUUAAGUGUGUAGUUGACUUUAUUGGCUGCUUUGGCAUUUCGGAGUUAUUGGCAUUUUAGGAGUUAGAGGAAUGAAGAAAUCUAUUUAUGAACUAGUUCCGUGUCAAACACGCACAAGUAUGUAUUUCAAAAUACUGGCUGACCUCAGUGUUGAAAUUUAUCUGAAUAGGAAAGAUGAAAUAGGAGAAAGGAUGAAAUAGUAAAACAUUUGAUGAGCAUAUUUCAGUGUGAUGUAGAUAGGCAUAUAUUUCACGAGUUCGACAGCUGUCGGUGCUUUCGUUUGUUAGUAUACUGUUAAUAAGAUGAGUGAAAUAUUCGCUACAGUUCGCAUAAAAUUUGCUCUCUUGUGUGCACAUGAAUGACAAUAUUGGUCACCAUUUAUGAUGGCAUUGCAAGCAGAUAAAAUUGGUAUCAAUAAUAUGUAUAAACGUAUCUUAUGCGAAGUAAUACUGUUCUAAAUAUAACUGAGCACGUAGUUUACAGUAGUAGCUCUCACCUGUACAACAUUAUUAGCGAAUCACUUAUGGAAUUAGUAAAAUUAGGCUGCUAAUGGUGUAAUAAAGCAUAAGAUUCCUAAGGGUUCUGUGGUCACUGUCUUUUCUGCCCAGCCUGUUGUCUAGAGCUGUUUGCAGUCUGCGUCAAACCAAUUAACUCAACAAUGCGUUUUGAGCGUGUGACGAAAUUACUUGAUAUAUUUCAUCUGCUGUAAAGUCAUAAUUUGCUGAACAUUAUUAAACGUGUAGUUUAUAAAUAGUGGCUGCUUCCUGGGUUAAAAUUGCUAACGAACUGCUUAUACAAUUAUUAAAGUUGGCCUGCAAAUGGUGUUCGAGAACGCGCAAGUCUUAAAGGCUUCUUUGUCAUCCUAUCUUCUUUGUCCGGUCUGUUCGCUUUCACCAUUUGCACUGAGCCGAACUUGAUAACUCAGCAGUGCAGUUUGACGAAAUUGUUUGGCAUUACUCUGCAUAUUUCUUUUUCUUUUGUUGUGAAGUCGUACUCUGCUGAACAACAGGGAGCAUGUAGUUUUUGAUGCUGGCCUUUACCAGUGAUGAGGUUUCAACUUUACUGUGAAUGAAUUGAGUGAUGUUAAUCGACGUGGAAGCAGGCGUGCGUGGGACCAUGUUCCAUCUUGUUCACCCUUUUUUUUUUCUUUUUUGGUACUCACUUUUAGAUUUUAUUCGUGAUAGCAGUCUAGCUGGCAGACGGUCAGGCCUUUGGUGUGCUUGUUAAACACGCUCCAUGGCAAUCCUCCCUGCACCAUGUGCCAAAAUGUGAAUCGAACGAUGAGGAGGCAGACGUAAUUUUGCAGGCCAGAACGUUGAGUCGGGAUUCCCAAAUGUGCUUUCACACAACGCCAAGAUCUUUAUUGUUCUUGUUUUAUUUUCUACAAUGGGUGUUGUUAUAGGCUUGCGACGUAUAUGGAUUUUCUUGCUCUACAUUAAUUUCAGAUUUGUACAGACUUCUACAUUGUACAACAUUAUUGUUAUUUUUUUCUUCCUUUCUUUUUUUACAGAAUGAAUUUCCAAAGUGCUCAAGAUUGUAAGGUUCCAAUGAUAUGUGCAUGUUUUUUUUUUAAGCAUUGACAUGUGUUGUCUUUACUAUGUGACAUGAGAACGCUUGUGUGUUAAAUAAAGGUGAAACCUCCAUGUCA